AUGUCUACAGUGUUCGAGGUUAUUUCAACCCUUGAACAACUACCGGUUACCACGGAGGUGCUCGAGGCAACUCGUAUUGGUAAAAUGGUUAAUGAAUUACGACGUAAAACUUUGGACAAACAGUUGGCCAAACGUGCAAAGGAGCUUGUACAGAGAUGGCGUAACCUAAUGAUAAAUAGUGCUCAGGUCAUACAACAGGCUAAGCUCCCUUCCUCACAGCCCAAUGGCAUGCUUAGCAACCAUAGUAAAAGACCUAUAACUUCACCUGAUCAAUGUACAGCUCCUCUUAAAAAACCAAAAUUAAAUGGAAUGCCUUCCCUGAACUCAGCCAUCAUGUCACCACCAGUUCAAAAAACACCAGAACCUGUACCUAGUCCAGUUAAUGAGCCCGACCCAGAACCUGAUCCUAUUUUAGAACCACAGGGCCCGAAAAAACGUGGCCGUAAAAAAGGGGGUAAAAAUUCCUCAAAACUGGGGAUAAAACCUACCAAUCCUGUGGAUUUGGAAAGAAUGGUGAGCGUUGGUGCCAGUAAACUGAAAACCACCCAAGAAAUAAUUGCAUCAUUGCGAAAGGAUGAUGAAAAUUAUCAGUUGGAGGAAAAACCACAAAUACCUGUGCAAGAGUUCCAGGACGAACCGUCUAUAACAAAAGUUGAUAAACCUAGUCGACCUAAAGUUGCAGACAUCGACCGACAAAUACAGGAAAUAUAUAAUAGAUUACCUCCUCUGGACUUAGAAGCCAUAGACUGGAGUUCACCUCCACCAUCACCUCCACGACCUCCUCUGUCGCCUACUGAUUUGGUAGACAGAGCUCAAAUAGAAGGCGUAACUGGUAAUUGGGAAAACGGUGAAACGUUUAGAGAGUGGCACGAGGUCUUAACUAGGGCAAACGAUACUGGUGAACCGCUUGUCAUACUACCAUACGUGAUAAUUGACUGA